AAUGCGAAGUUGCAUUGUCUGUCCACGGCUAUUUGUUCACUGCUUCACUCUGUCGGUAGUUAAGACCCGUAGGCUUAGCAGAGGCUUCCAAGCUGUUUGAAACCUGGAUUAGAAAUGCUUGCUUGCAUCCAACUCCUUUUCCUGAUUUUGCCAUGUUUCGUAAGAGCUGAUGCAUUGAGCGGCUAUGUAAAAACAGAAGGGGCUUGGAUUCAACCUACCAGAAAACUGUUAUUCUCCAUGGUCUCUGUUGAAGAAUGUGCGGUAAAAUGUGACAGGGAGACCCGGUUUAUUUGCAGAUCUUUCCUCUUCAGCCUGAAGGAACAGGAGUGCUUCAUUACAGCAGAUAACAAGCGCACGCAGACGUUGAUGAGGAAAACAAACAGCUUUCUUUAUGAGAAAGAAGCUUUUCUUCUGGAAUGCAAGUCGGGCGAUGGGAUUACCUACAGAGGAUCAGCAACACAAACGCUCUCAGGAAGAACUUGCCAGCGUUGGAGCAGCACGCAGCCACACAAGCCUAGAUACACGCCUGAAAGUAAUCCGUACGCCAACCUGGAGAAAAACUUCUGCCGAAAUCCGGACAAUGAUACAACAGGACCCUGGUGCUACACCACUGAUCCGUUGAAACGAUGGGAAUACUGCACUAUUUCGAACUGUGAAGGUCCAGAGGAUUGCAUGUUCUGCAGCGGCGAGAACUACCGCGGGAGAAUCUCCCACACAGAGGACGGAACCCCGUGCCAGCGCUGGGACACACAGGCACCACACCAGCAUGGCUACAACCCAGCCAGUUUUCCAGAUAAAUACUUGGAGGAAAACUACUGUCGGAAUCCAGAUGGAGAGCCCAGGCCGUGGUGUAUAACGACCAACCGCCAGAGACGCUGGGCUUAUUGCAACAUCAGCCGCUGUGAGGGAGCGCCCCCUGCUGUCAAGGUCGAGGCGCAUUGCUACACAGGCAAGGGCCAAGCCUACCGUGGGACCGUGGCGACCACCAUUUCCGGUGAGGUCUGUCAACAAUGGAGCUCUUUGGUCCCACACCAGCACACGAGGACCCCAGAGGAUUAUCCCUGCAAAGGUCUCGAGGACAACUAUUGCCGCAACCCGGACAACGAGAAGGAGCCUUGGUGCUACACAACCAACCCAAAGGUCCGAUGGGAGUAUUGUCCAGUGCGAAAGUGCGGUGCCUCCCUGCCAGAGCCUGUGCAUGAGGGCGGACCCACUGAUUGUUACAGAGCCAACGGCAUUGCCUAUCGUGGAACCACUUCUGUGACUCGGUCAGGGAAAAGAUGCCAGCACUGGGAUUCCAUGGUACCACAUGCACACAGCAAGAAUCACAGCAACUUUCCUGACGCGGGAUUGCUUGACAAUUUUUGUCGAAAUCCUGAUGGCGAUACGUUACCUUGGUGCUUCACCACCGACCCGUUAGUCCGAUGGGAGUAUUGCCGCAUCUCAAAAUGUGAUGCCACACCGAGUCUACCUACGUCCACUUUAAGACCCGCUGUGGUACCAGAAACGCAAAGUAGCCAAGUUCCCAUCACUGGACAAGAUUGCAAGCUCGGUAUCGGGGAGUUGUAUCGUGGGACCCGAUCCAUCACAUCAUCUGGCAGGAUCUGCCAAGAAUGGUCGGCAAUGCAACCCCACAACCACCAUAGCUACACAGCCCAGACUCACCCUGAUGCGGGACUGGACAGCAACUAUUGCCGAAACCCAGACAGUGAUCUCAACGGUCCAUGGUGUUACACAACAGAUCCAAAGAAAAGAUACGACUAUUGCGAUGAUAUUCGACCUUGCGAACUUCCUAAUGAGUGUGGAUUACCUAGCAUUGAACCCAAAAAAUGCUUUGGACGAAUUGUUGGCGGCUGCAUAUCUAAACCACACUCCUGGCCUUGGCAAGUGAGCAUCCGCACAAGGUUUGGUCAGCAUUUCUGCGGAGGAAGUCUCAUUCAUCCCCAGUGGGUUCUCACUGCCAAGCACUGCCUGGAUCGGAUUAGUCGGCCUUCAGACCUCAAGAUCUAUCUUGGAAUACACACAGAGAGAGCCUUGGAAAAUUCAAGACAAAUCAAAGAAGUUGGUAAAAUUGUCUCACAUCGCAUAAGUGACAUUGCUUUGCUAAAGCUGACAAGGCCAGCAAGGUUGAACGACAAAGUGAGAAGUAUAGUCUGCCUGCCUGACAAGUUCUUUAUUUUAUCGAGUGGAGUGGAAUGUUAUGUCACUGGCUGGGGAGAAACUAAAGGAACCAAUGGUGACGGGUUUUUAAAAGAAGCAGGAUUCCCUGUGUUCGAAAAUAAAGUCUGCAAUCGGCCCGAAUACUUGAACGGAAUGGUGAAGACCACCGAGCUUUGUGCUGGGAACAUAGACGGCGGGGCAGACAGUUGCCAGGGUGACAGUGGAGGGCCUUUGGUUUGCCCAGAUGCCAAAGGCAGGUACAUUAUCCAAGGAGUGACCUCGUGGGGCCUCGGUUGCGCAAGGGCGAUGAAGCCAGGAGUUUACGUGCGGACAUCUUACUUUAUUGACUGGAUCGUAGAUGCCAUACGGGAUGGGUAGGUUGGAUGCAGCAGAGGAACGAUCAACGUCCAAUGUGUAUGCUCAAUCAGGUGUCAAAUACUUCCCCUGAAACAUUAAAUUCUUUUGGUCUCAUA